AUGUCUCUGCCAAGUCGACAAAUGGCUAUUGUUAACCCCCCUCCACCAGAGUACAUAAAUGCUAAGAAAACUGGGCGGUUGACCAAUCAGCUGCAGUUCCUGCAGAGAGUGGUCCUGAAGGCUCUGUGGAAGCACAGUUUCUCCUGGCCGUUUCAACAGCCUGUGGAUGCCGCGAAGCUCAAGCUGCCUGACUAUUACACCAUCAUAGAAACGCCAAUGGAUUUAAGUACAAUUAAGAAGCGGCUGGAAAACAAGUAUUACGAGAAGGCUUCCGAAUGCGUAGAAGACUUCAACACGAUGUUCUCAAACUGCUACUUAUACAACAAGCCUGGAGAUGACAUUGUGGUUAUGGCCCAAGCUCUGGAGAAGUUAUUUAUGCAGAAGCUGUCUCAGAUGCCACAGGAAGAGCAGAUUGUGGGUGGCAAGGAGAGAAUGAAGAAAGAUAUCCAACAAAAGACAGCCGUUUCCUCUGCUAAGGAACAAACUCCCUCCAAAUCGGCAGAAAAUGUGUUUAAGCGACAAGAAAUUCCUGCUGGGUUUCCUGAUGUCUGUCUGUCUCCCUUAAACAUGGCACAAGAGGCUCCCCCGACCUGCGACUCACAGACUGUGGUCCAAAUUACAAAGGGUGUGAAGAGGAGGGCGGACACAACAACUCCUACCACUUCCUCAGCUAAAGCAAGUAGCGAAUCCCCUCCGCCACUGAGAGAGGCGAAGCCAGCGACUGCGCCAGUGAAGGAAAACACAGUGAAGGGCGUCCUGCCAGACUCUCAGCAGCAACACAGGGUUUUAAAAACGGUCAAAGUAACGGAGCAGUUGAAGCACUGCAGCGAGAUUCUUAAAGAAAUGCUUGCCAAGAAGCAUCUGCCGUACGCAUGGCCCUUCUACAACCCUGUGGACGUGGAUGCUUUGGGACUCCACAACUACUAUGACAUUGUCAAAAACCCCAUGGAUCUCGGAACGAUCAAGGGGAAAAUGGACAAGCAAGAGUAUAAGGAUGCAUGUGAAUUUGCUGCAGAUGUCAGGCUGAUGUUUAUGAACUGCUACAAGUACAACCCUCCUGAUCAUGAAGUUGUGACCAUGGCCAGGAUGCUUCAGGAUGUUUUUGAAAUGCAUUUUGCCAAGAUUCCUGAUGAACCUGUUGAGAGUAUGCGUGCAUGUCACCUUACAACAAACAGUGCAAAAGCCCUCAGUAGAGAAAGCAGCAGCGAGGCCUCCUCGGGGGACUGCUCUUCCGAAGACUCUGAGGACGAGCGAGUACAGCGUCUUGCCAAGCUUCAGGAGCAGCUUAAUGCUGUUCAUCAGCAGCUACAAGUUCUGUCCCAAGUUCCAUUACGUAAGCUGAAGAAAAAGAAUGAGAAGUCUAAAAGGGCACCCAAAAGGAAAAAGGUUAACAGAGACGAGAACCCAAAGAAAAAGGCUAAGCAAAUGAAGCAAAAGGAGAAGGCCAAGAGCAAUCAACCAAAGAAGAAGAAGCCACUUUUGAAAUUGGAAGAGGAAGACAAUGCGAAGCCUAUGAACUACGAUGAGAAAAGGCAGCUGAGCUUGGACAUAAACAAACUGCCUGGAGACAAGCUUGGUCGAAUAGUUCAUAUAAUACAGUCAAGGGAGCCUUCCCUGAGGAACUCCAACCCAGACGAGAUCGAGAUCGACUUUGAGACUCUGAAGGCAUCCACACUUAGAGAACUGGAGAAGUACGUCCUGGCCUGUCUGAGGAAGAGGUCGCUGAAGCCCCACGCGAAGAAGGUUGUCAGGUCUAAAGAGGAGCUCCAUUCUGAAAAAAAGCUGGAGCUGGAGAGGCGGUUGCUGGACGUCAACAAUCAGCUGAAUUGUAGGAAACGGCAAACGAAACGUCCAGCAAAAGUGGAGAAGCUGCCCCCGCCCCCGCCGCCGCCCCCGGAGCUGGCGAGUGGGUCCCGCCUGAGCGACAGCAGCAGCAGCAGCAGCAGCAGCGGCAGUGGCAGCAGCAGUAGCAGUAGCAGCAGCUCGGGGUCCGGGAGCAGCAGCAGUGACUCGAGCUCCUCCGACAGCAGCGAUUCAGAACCAGAAAUAUCUCCUAAAUUUACUGGAGUAAAACAGAAUGAUUUGCCUCCAAAAGAAAAUACAAAGCAGAUACAGUCUUCUGUGUCCGACAUAACCUCUGCUGAAGCUGCCCUUGUUCAGCAGAGCACAGGGCCAUGUGGAGCUCCAGGGAAGCCUCCCCAGCAGAUGCCUGGUUGCCAAGUGUCACACCAUCUUCAGGCCACGGAGAGUACUGCGUCUGUGCAGACUCAGCCCCUUGCAGGUGAUUGCAAGCGAGUAUUGCACGGGCCCCCUGUGGUGCACGCCUCUGCUGAGAGCCACACAGUGCUGGAGCUGGAAUGCCAUGCUCCUGUGCAGAAGGAUAUAAAGAUUAAGAAUGCAGACUCUUGGAAAAGUCUUGGGAAGCCGGUGAAAGCAUCAAGUGUGCUGAAAUCUUCAGACGAGCUUUUCAACCAGUUUAGAAAAGCUGCGAUAGAGAAAGAAGUGAAGGCUCGGACACAGGAGCAGAUUCGCAAACACCUGGAACACAGCGCAAAGGACCCGAAAGUGUCUCAAGAGAACCAGAGGGAGUUCGGAAGCGGAUUCACUCCAGAAUCUUCAUCAAAUAAAGUGCAAGGCAGGUCUCACGGAGAAGAGCAGAGUGAACAGCAGCAGCUGCCAUCCCCACCGGAAACUCAAGACAUAAGCAAGCUCUGGCUUCUCAAAGACCGGAAUUUAGCGAGGGAGAAAGAGCAAGAGCGUAGGAGAAGAGAAGCAAUGGCGGGUACCAUUGACAUGACUCUUCAAAGUGACAUUAUGACAAUGUUUGAAAAUAACUUUGAUUAAAACUCAGUUUGUAAAUUAACUCUCAACUUUAAAUGAAAGGUAAAAAUGUUUACAGUAUGUGUGGUAAAGUGAUUACUUAACACCAGAAUAUUUUUCAUUUACAUUUUUAAGAAAUAUGUUCUUUUAAUGACAUAAUUUAUAAAAAGUUUUAUAAUUUUGACCUCUAAAAGUGAAUAGAUUUUAUUCAUUCUAAAGAGGACUGUCAGUGAUGUAUUAUAGUCUUGAUCUAAGUAAGUCUAAAAGGGAUCAUCUGAUUGAAAAAAAUGAAGAAUAUAUAAAAGUAUAUAAAACAGGUUUUGUUGAGUUUUUAACUUUUGUUGUUUGUCUGAACCUGUUUGUUGGUUUGUUUGUUUGUGUCCUUGUUUGAGACAGGGUCUCAUAUACUCAUGCUGGCUUUGGUGAACUCAACAGUGUAACCAGGGCUGGCCUUGAUCUCUGGAUUCUCCUGCCUUCAGCUCUCAAGUGCUGGACUCCAGACGUGUGUCAUCGUGCCUGGAUGAGUUUUCUACUUUUCCAAGAGAUAUAUGUCUACUGUCAGAAUUCUCACAGCUUCUAACAAGUAAUAUCUGGUUUCCAUGUGCAUCACGGUGUGUCAGGUUCUCUGCUGGUCCCAUGUUUAAACUCCACACUGCCUUUUGUUUUAAAGUGUAUUAGCUAUGAUUUGAAAGGUGUUAAAUUUUAAACAAAGUAAUAGUAAAUAUUGUGUAUGCAAGCUUCUAUAGGAAUGAGUCAGACAUUUCUAGAAAUGUGUAGGGGAUAGCAAUGAAUAUUUGCCUAAUUAGGGGAAAUUGCAGCCUAUGGAAUGUUUUGCCAUUUCUCAAACUGCAUUCAUGUCUAAGCCGUGUGUCUUUUUAAAUUUUAAACCUUUGAACAUUUGAAAUAUAACCUGAUUAAGGCAAUGCUGUGAUAUUAUCUAAAGUACAAACUCAAAGUGUGUCCAGACAGGGCAGUGCACACCUGCUGUAAUCCCAGUACUUGGGGGGGCAGAGGUAGAGAAAGAGGCACUGCUGAUGACGUGAGGCCAGCCUGGUUCACAUAGCAAGAUUCAGCUUCUGGUCAUAGCCAGACCUCGAUCGAGAAGAACCAAGAGAGAGACAGAGACAGGGACAGGGACAGGGACAGGGACAGAGAAUAAGAAGAUGGUAUUGCUUUUAUGAAACAGCCAGAAUUAAAGUGAUAGCUAUUUUAUUGUGCCUAUUUCUACUUUUUAAUUAAAAAUUUUAUACAAUA